AAUGCCAACAGAAGUAACAACAAUACAAAAAGCUGUGGACAUCGGUUUUACUGAAACUGAAAAAGUAAAACCACUCAAAGAGUCAAGGAUAGAGUCUUACAUCAUUGGCGAUGAACCAAGAGAAAGAAACCCUAUUGAAAGGCUUGCUGUCAAACCCCCAACACCCCCCAGGAGUCCCAGCAGUCUCCGCAGGCUCACGUCAAGGACUCCCCCUGCCAUUACUGUGGAUGACCCUCCUAACAGUGAGAAGGCAGUAUCGGAGCAGAGUGGUGGAGACACCCCAACGUCCUCCCUGUCCUGUGAGAGCAGCCCCAGGUUGAAAAGAAGGGACAGUCUGACCCUCAUCCGCUCUGCCACGCCCGAAGAGCUGGCCUCUGGAGCUCGCCGCAAGAUCUUCAUCCCCAGGGAGGGAGAAGGGGUUGGGGUAGUGGUGGCGCUGGGUGUGGGUGGUAGUCCGCUGGACACCCAGGUCAAGAAGGAGGCUCCAUAUAUGUCACCCAGUCAGGCUCGCAGGGCAGCGUUCCUGCAGGCACCAGCAGGCUCACAGACCCCACCGCUGGAGAGACGGUCCCCUCUUCUGAGCCGUAGGAAGGCCACCCUGGAGGUGCCCAAAGUUGUGAAAGAGAUCAGCACUGAGGAGCCAGAGAGCCCCAAGACUGAGGUCAAACCUCCUGAGAAGGAGAAGCAGAACCCCUUCAAAGCUCCUCAGGUUAUCCGUAAGAUCAGGGGAGAGCCUUUCCCAGAUGCCUCAGGACACUUGAAGCUCUGGUGCCAGUUCUUCAACGUACUCAGUGACUCCACCAUCAAGUGGUACAGGGACGAGGAAGAGAUAGUAGAGGUGAAAAGAAGUGGAGGAGAUGAAAGCCAAGUGGCGUUGGCCAUCGUCCAGACAUCCAGUCGAGAUUGUGGGGUGUAUGGCUGCUCAAUCAAGAACGAAUUUGGGACAGAUUCCACUGACUUCCUUCUCAGCGUAGACCUACUUUCAGAGUACUUCCUGCGGGAGGAUUUAGAAGUUGGAGAAGAGAUGGAAAUGACUCCAAUGCUAUUCACCAAAGGCCUAGCAGACCCAGGCUACUGGGGGGAGAAGUUCUUUGGGCGCAUCAUGACACAGGAGGCCCACCUGGGAGAGGGCUGUGCACACAAGGCCUGCAGGGCGAAGGUUAUCUAUGGCCUAGACCCUGUGUUUGAGUCCGGAACCACCUGUAUCAUUAAAUUACAAAGCCCCAUCGCCUAUGGGACCAAACAGGAGAGCAACCUUGCAGAGAGAAACAUGGAAAUUACUAAGCAAGAGUGCAAAAUCCAAAACACAGUUCGAGAGUAUUGCAAAAUCUUUGCAGCUGAAGCGAGGGUGAUUGAAAACUUUGGCUUUUCACUGGAAGUGAGCCCUCUCUAUCUGGUGUACCGCCCUGCCAACUCUGUCCCUUACGCCACUGUGGAGGCUGACCUGAAGGGCAUCUUCCUUAAGUACUGUAUGAUGGAUGCCAAAGGCAGGCUGAUCACCAGAGCCACCUCAGAGGUGGAAAUGAAAUGCUGCUCCUUCCAGCAUUGGAUACACCAAUGGACAAACAGCAACUUACUGGUUACUGGGCUGGAGGGUGUUGGACCGAAGAUCACUAAAGUUAGAAUCGUCACGAAAUCAAAGGGGUAUCAAGGCCUUACAGAGGAUGGUUCUCCUAAGGUGUUUGAGCAGUUCCUGACCCAGCAUCAGUGUAACUACUACUGUGGGCUCCUCAGCCUGAGAACCCUGAAGCCCAUGAACACCCUGCAGCAGCCCCCCAAGAUCAAAGGCUCCCGGAGCCCCUUGCUCGUCAGGAAGUUGGGCUCGUCCAGCCCUCAGCUCAACAGGAAGUUGGGCUCAUCCAGCCCCCAACUGCAGAGAAAAGGACUGAACAGCCCCUUGACAACCAGAAAGGCCACCUCCAGCCCAAAGGUGCCUAGAAAGACUAGGGAGACAGAAGACAACCAGUCCACAGCCAAACCCAAGGCGGAGGAGAGUCUCAAAGUUGUGGUAUGAGGUAGCAACGUCCAAAGAGAAUACAGCAGCUUCCCUUUUCUUUCAUGCCAACGUUCAGCUUUUUUAUGUUUUCCUGUCACCCAUUGCUGUAUUUAGUUGGGUUGAAGCUAGGACGACCAGCAUGGCCUUGAACAAAAUGUUACAGAGCUUGUGCCUGAAAAGUCUUAAUCCAAGAAGGAGAGACAAACAGGGAGAUGAGUUAAAAUCUAGGGUAUAGGUCACCCUAGUGGAUGUUUAUAUAACAUUACUGUGAAUUUCUCAAUAACCAUCAGUAGUAGUAAGAUACUCCCCAUUCUCCAGCUUAAUGCUGAAAUGGUUUAAGUGAGUGGAGGAGGUACAGUACCUUUAAGAAAACUUCCAGCACUAAGGAAAUGGGACACAGUUUUCUCACACAUCCAGUACAGUCCUCUUCAAAAGAAGAGACUUAUGAAGUGGUUGAAACAAUGGUGCUGGAUACAAAGCCGUGGCCGUAAGCAGAGCCCUAAUAGCUUGAUGCAGAUGCAAGGGUAGUGAAGUGCAGCAACUGCAUUGUACAUCUGGGAUGUAAUAUGUCUUGGUCAUUGAAAUUGUUUUUGUUGAACAGUAAUUGGAUCUUGUUACUGUUGGUCGUAUAGCAUGCUCUACUUGUUUCUAUUAUGGCAGUAUUAUGUCCUUAAACUACGCAUUACAGUCUUCCGAACACUGAGCAAAGACAACACUACUCUUGCCUCUUCACUGGGAAUAUGUUUUUGUGCACUUUUUUUGCCAAUGUUUUCUUGCCUUUUGAAAACUGCCAGGUUUUAGUAGUUCAGUUCAUUUUUGUUGAACUUUGUUCAAAUCCUGUAAUCUGUUCAUUGGAAAUGAACAUGUUCACAUGCUUAAGUCUGAACAGUACAGUACACCGAUCCCCUUAACCUGGUUCUUCAAAGGAACAGUACAGUACACCGAUCCCCUUAACCUGGUUCUUCAAAGGAUUGACUCUUUAACUGAACUUGAGUGUUGAAGAGCAAUAAGGGGAUUACUGAAAUAAACGCUUUAACUUUGGAAUGCACAUGUUUGGUGCCAUUUAAAUGGGUCAACUCACAAAGUGAAAGAAUAAGAGCUAUAAUAUCAGAACCAUGUAGAAACUGCUUUGGACCUGGCCCAUGAUCACAGUAAAGCAGUAGCUCACCUCCAGCUGACUUUUGUGAUUGAAAAUUAUAUGCAUUCUCAACAUUCACACUUCUGGGGGAGGGGUGGGAUGGGGAUAUUGUCACUAGUUUGAAGCGUACAGUAUGUACGUGAGUGAGUGAGUGAGUGAGUGAGUGAGUGAGUGAGUGAGUGAGUGAGUGAGUGAGUGAGUGAGUGAGUGAGUGAGUGAGUGAGUGAGUGAGUGAGUGAGUGAGUGAGUGAGUGAGUGAGUGAGUGAGUGAGUGAGUGAGUGUGUGAGUGAGAGCGUGCAAGAGGGAUUAAGAGUGUUUGAUAUGUUGGCAGAAUGCUACUGAAAUGAAUGUCCCUGACACUGUAAUAUCUGGUAUGUUAUGUUGUGAUUUUGUAAAAUAAAAGUGUACAUACAAUUAAUGUCAAA